AUCUCAGUGAAUUGAAUUACGAUGAGUAUAGCUGUUGGUGGAACGUAAACGAAGCGUUUAUCAACGCGUAUACUAUUUUACCAAAGAAGAGUGGAAUAAGUCAAAAAUUAGAACCUUGGGCGAAAUUCUGUCAUUUCAAUUUCCUACAUUCUGGGUUGAGGAAUUAGUUGGCGAGCCGAAACAAGGUUUUUUUUUUUUUUGGGGGCCAAAAAUUUCAAAUCCUGUUUCUCAAGCCGAAGGAAAACAAAAACAGGACAGAGUGAGUAACAAGCUUGAUCGAAGCAGGAGAGAUAGAAAAUGCGCAGCGAUGGGAUCUUGGGCAGCAGAGAUGCCCAGGGAAAGAAAGUGGCGGCAACUAGUAGAACGAAGUGGUUGAAGAGGCGGGAGAGAUGGCUGGUAGUACUGGGGGUGAUUCUUCAUGCAGUUUACAUGCUCAGCAUAUUCGAUAUUUAUUUCAAGACCCCCAUUGUUCAUGGCAUAGAUCCCGUCACUCCUCGCUUCACUGCCCCUGCCAAGCGUCUCGUUCUUCUAGUUGCUGAUGGCUUGCGUGCUGACAAGUUCUAUGAGCCGGAUGCCCAAGGAAAUUACAGAGCACCAUUUUUAAGAAGCAUUAUCAAAACACAAGGUCGCUGGGGAGUGUCUCAUGCUCGCCCUCCAACAGAGUCAAGACCUGGUCAUGUUUCCAUAAUUGCUGGCUUUUAUGAAGAUCCUAGCGCAGUGACAAAAGGAUGGAAGGCCAAUCCUGUUGAAUUUGAUUCAGUCUUUAACAGAAGUCGGCAUACAAUUUCUUAUGGAAGUCCUGAUAUAGUUCCCAUAUUUUGUGGCGGCUUGCGACACAGCACUUGGAAUUCCUAUCCCCAUGAUUUUGAAGAUUUUGCAACUGACGCAUCCUUUUUGGACAUGUGGUCUCUUGAUCAGUUUCGAAGCCUUUUGAAUAGGUCAAGGGAAGACUCAAAGUUGAAGGAGUUACUUCUACAGGAUAAUCUUGUUAUAUUCCUGCACCUACUUGGUUGUGACUCUAACGGCCAUGCACAUAGGCCUUAUUCCUCCAUCUAUCUCAACAAUGUUAAAGUUGUUGACCAUGUAGCCGAAAGCGUUUAUAAUCUUGUUCAAGAUUAUUUUAUGGACAACCGUACAGCUUACAUCUUUACAGCAGAUCAUGGGAUGAGUGACAAAGGAAGCCAUGGAGAUGGGCAUCCGUCAAAUACUGAUACUCCCCUUGUUGCUUGGGGAGCUGGUGUUAAAUAUCCAAAGCCAAUUUCCAGCAGCAACCAUAGUGACUGUGGUUUUCGGUUUGUUGACGACCAUGUACAUGACACACCGACACCAACUGAAUGGGGCCUGCAUGGAUUAGAGAGGGUUGAUGUCAAUCAAGCUGAUAUUGCACCCCUAAUGUCAACACUUCUUGGCCAGCCAUGUCCUGUUAAUUCUGUUGGAAGUCUGCCAUUAGAUUAUAUCAAUAUGACCAAGGCAGAAGAAGUUGAAGCUGUGCUGGCCAAUACAAAAGAGAUUCUCAACCAGUUUCUUCGGAAAUCUCAUAUUAAGCAGUCACAUUCUUUUUACUUUAAGCCCUUCAAGCCACUCACUCACCAUUCCUCUCUAUUGGACAAUGUUGAGGGCCUGAUAACGGCUAGAGAUUAUGAAGCUGCAAUGGAGCUGUCCCAAAACCUAAGAAGUUUGGCAUUGCAAGGACUUCAAUAUUUUCAAACUUAUGAUUGGCUGAUGCUUAUGACUGUAAUUACCCUUGGGUACUGUGGCUGGAUGAUUUAUCUUGUUCUUCAUGUGCUGCAGUCUUAUACUUCAUUGCCAGGAAUUAAUUUUGGAAUGGAGCGAGCAGUUCAGAAAAGUAAAAUUGGAAAAGUACACCUCACUGGAUGCUUGGUAAUGGGGAUAAUGUCUUUUCUAUUAUUUAUGGAGCACUCUCCUCCUCUUUAUCAUGCAUACGUGAUAAUGACAUCAUUUUUGUGGAUGCAAAUAGUUAGUGAAUAUCGGUUUUUAAAAGCACUGUGGAAGCAUUUAUCUGAAAGAAGAGUGAAUCAUAUCAUUAAGCUUCUAGCUAUUACUGCUUUCUCAGUUUUCAUUCUUGAGUUCCUGGUACACAGCUUCACUGAAAGGAAGCUCUAUACUUGGUGCUUCCUGAUUACAGGGGCCUCUGCUUUUUUUUAUCUUUUCAAGUCAAUGUCCUGGAGACCAGGGAUUCCAAUAUUUGUUUGCCUUGCAUGUUGGUUCUUGUCUCUUUUCACGUUGAUGCCUGCAGAAAUUCCCGACAACAAUCAGUUAGUAGUUGCUAGUGGAGCAGUGAUAAUUGUUAUAGGAAUAGCUGCAAGAUGGUUAGAUUUAAAUGCUGGAGGGAAUAAGUAUUGGCUUAGCAUAUGUAAUCAUGAGUUCAAGAGUCCCAAGCAUUCGGCUCUGUUUUACUUACAGACUAUUUUAGUCGGUUUUUCUUCUAUGAUGGUGUAUAUAUCAACGUCUCACAGAACUGAGAAGCAAGAACUGCAUGGAUUACACCAGUUGAUUAAUUGGUCCAUUGCCGGUUUGUCAAUGGUGCUACCACUAUUUUCAGCAAAUAGCCUCUUAUCCCGUCUCACUUCGAUAUUCCUUGGCUUUGCGCCCUCAUUUCUUCUUCUCUCCAUUGGAUAUGAAGCGGUAUUUUAUGCUGCUCUUGCUCUUGUACUUAUGGCAUGGAUACUAUUUGAAAACACGAUUCUCAAUUUAAAUAUCUUGAGUAGGUCCUCAGCUUCCACUGAAAACAUUGAGAAUCAUCUCAUUCUUGGAUCUGAUAAUAGGUCUUUGCGAUUAUCUGAUGUGCGAAUUCCAAUGGUCUUUAUGGUUUUAUUCAAUGUUGCCUUCUUUGGAACUGGAAAUUUCGCUAGUAUUGCUAGUUUUGAGAUUUCAUCUGUCUAUCGAUUCAUUACUGUCUUUAGUCCAUUCCUGAUGGCAGCCCUUCUUAUCUUCAAGUUAUUUAUUCCGUUCAUGCUUGUCAUAUGUGUAUUCAGUGCGGUGACCAAAUUGAACCAAGUUCCAAGGAUGGGAUGUUACUUUCUUGUUAUCUUAUUCUCAGACGUGAUGACCAUUCACUUCUUCUUCCUGGUGAAGAAUACAGGAAGUUGGAUGGAGAUUGGUAAUAGCAUCAGCCAUUUUGGGAUCGUGAGUGCACAAGUUGUUUUUGUUCUUCUACUAUUUGCCCUCACAAAUAUGUUCACAAAGGACAUUCGUUGUGAUUCAGCAGUCCCAUCUGCUCGGAAGGCUAUUUAAUUUGCAGUAAGAUGAUUCUUCACCUCUUUGCAUCAAUACGACAGUUUUGCUGAUUGCAUACCCAGCUUCUCGCCAACCUGUAUGUCUAACAGAUUUUUCCUUUUUGGGGUUUCUAAGUUACUGUUCACCUAUAGGUUUAGGUUACGAGUUACGACCACACCAUCAUUUAGAUUUGGGGACAAUAUGAAGGCCAUCCGAACAUUGAGCCUAAGCAUAGUUUUGGAAUCAACAACAUGCAUUUCAUGACUUUAACCUCUUGUUUGAAUUGUAUUGAGCUGACCAAACAAAUUUCUAUGCGUGAACCCAAAAAAAAGAAUUCUGAUGGAAAAGAAAGUUAUCCAUCCUUUUCGAA